AUGGAAACCACAAAAAAUACAAAUUUGAAUGAAGUAAGAUAUCGAACUGUGAAAAUAAUGAACGAAAUUAACGCUGGUGCAAUAACAGCCCGAUCUCUCAUAUCUGUACUGAGAAGAAAUCAACAAAUGCUCCUAGACGCAUUGACAGAUAUCUACAGAGGGCAUUUAGAUAUGAAUCUAUUUACACCUGAGCAAUUAUCAAAACACCUCAAUUACAUUGCCGGCAUUAUAUCAAACAGAUUAACUACACAUGUAAAAGACAGUAUCAUAGCAAACAUUCGAGAUAUCUACAAACUUAUUUAUGUUAAAGCUCGCUUAUCUGAUCAAUACCUUCUAUUCGAACUACAUAUCCCGAUACUUAGCCACGACGACUAUACGUUGUAUAACAAUAUACCUAUAACUAGACAAGUUGCCGCUGAUCAAUGUCAGGCAUUAGGGAAAACAACAAAAUACAUAGGAGUGAACUUUGUAAAGAAUACAUAUAUACAAAUGGAAGAGAUUGAUCUACAACAAUGUACAACAUUAGAAGAUAAUAGUUUUGUAUGCAACGCCCAUACACCUGUACGCAACUUACACAGACCUACAGCAUCUUGUGAAGCGAAAAUGCUAAGCCAAGAACUGACUAAUGUUACAUGUGAUUUGAUAACAACACGAUGUUUUGACCAAUGGACGAAAUUGGAGAGACCAAACAUAUGGUUAUAUAAUUGUAUCAAUGAGUGUACGACCCGGAUAAUAUGUGGGAAUCAAAUUGUACAAACCAGUUUAACAAAAGCGGGGCUUCUUGCUUUAGAUCAGGAUUGUGCAAUACAACAGGAGGACGCAACGAUAUACUCAUACAACGUUUUUAGUAGUAAAACAAAAAUCGCUUUAACUUUAGAAGUUCCGACUAUUGAAUCGCCUAAUGAUAUGUGGAAUACUUUCAAAACUUCAAAUAUUGUAUUUUCAACUCUAAAUUUAUCUGAUGAACAUAGAUUAAUAGAUGAUAAAAUAGCAGUACAGAAAGACCGAGAAGUCUUACCGAACGAUUUAAGUACUCACGAUAUCAAUAACUACAUGAUAAGUACUACGUUGACGGGAUUAAUCGUUCUUGCUAUUGUAGUAUGGUUAAUAAAAAGAUGUUUUCCCGGUUGUCAACAGAAAAAUACCUAA